AUGACUGGCCGUCAUGGAUUUGAGGGGCGCCCGGAGCGUCAAAACGAAUAUUUCAUUCCUGGCGAUGGUAUCAGCCGCGAAGUUAUCCAAGCAGACAUAUGCCGUUACCUUGGAAAUGAUGCGCUCGUAAGACCUGGAAACCACAAUGGUCGUCAAGGCUUCUUCAUCCGUGCCUACCGGAAUCUUACAACCGAAAUGAUUGCUGACCUCAAAGCCGACUCUUCUCGGUGGGAGGCGGAUGUGCUACGUCGGGCUGACCAGGGUUAUCCCAGAGGUAGCUACAUUCAAGACUACAGUUAUUCCCAGGCACCACCUAACAUGGCCUCAGCGAGCUAUGCAGCCUCGACUAUCCAUGAAGCGCGGCCGCAACAGGGAGGGCCAUCUCCUCCGCCGACCUACUCUGCCCCUCCCCCCCCUCAGCAGUUUGUGGACCCGUAUGCUCAGCCUGUGUACGCGGCGACUCAAAGUCCCCCGUACCCAACCCCGGCAUCAUACCCUGCAAACCACUCUCCCUUUGGAUCUGGCCAAAACCCGUAUCCUCCCCCGCAGAUCCCAUACUCUGCUCCCAGCCAGCCCGCAGUGACGUCUGCUGAGAUGCAUCCUUCGUCAUACACAUAUGGAACCGGCUAUGGCUACGAAAAUGGGAGAAACAAUGCCCCCAGAUACCCUGGGCCUGGCUAUGAGCCCGAAGCGGACUAUCCCACAGUUACUUCCGGAAUAGCCUAUCCUCCUACCACAGCCCCGGACCCUCGGAUAGGACUGGACCCCAGAUAUACUCCUGAGUCGACAUACUCAGACCGCAGUAGGCCACAACCAGCCCGAGGCGGGGAAGCCCCACGCCGAACGAGGUAA